CACUUCACUUCCCUGCGCGAUUGGCCAAAGCCCGGGACUUCUGCUUCAGCCACCCGCCUCCGCCGCCUUCCGAACUGCUCGCCCUCCUGACUUCCAUCGACACCAAUCGCCGCCCCUCUGCUAGAGCCAGGAUCCGUCUCCCUUGGACGAAGACCGAGCCUCCCGAUCCAAACGUGCUGGGAAAGGACUGAGGGAGGAAAGGAAGGGAGACAAAGAAAGAAAGAAAAAACCAGAAAGCAAGCAAGAAGGGUGGGCGGGAGGCGAGAAGAUUUCUUCCCGCGCAUCGCUCCUGUUCCUCCGUCCCUCGGAAACCCGGCGGGCAGCGCGGAGCGGCUGGUCUUCUGCAAAAGAGAGGCGCCGCUCCCGCCGCCCUUCGCCCAAGAAGAGCGCCAAGUCCCGUCCUAGGGAGCUCCGUUCCGCCGAGCGCCUGAUCCCCAGGGAUCCGUAUAGCAAAGAAGAAGAAAGGACAACAGACAGCCCUCAGCCACCCCCCUUCGGUCUCUUGGACUCCGGCUGACCACCGCCAGGAACCCGAGCGAAGCCAGAUCGGGCUUGGCGUCCCGAACAGACCCUCCCCCCUUAAGCCGUCCCUUGGCGGGAAAGGCAUCGCUACAGCCAAACGCUUCCCUCCCCGCCCGCUUGUCCUGGAACCCGCUUCUCCUUGUCCGAGAGGGACCGCCGAGGCUUCCGUCUCAGCCGGCCGCCAGCCUACAGUCUGCGAAAGAUCAGAUCCUGCUACCCCGUGCGAGCUCACUUCGGUGUCCAUCCACCCACCCCCGAUCCAUAGGCACCAAACGGUCUCUGCCCUCUAGCCCCCGUUCCUGGCAUUCUCGGGGAGCCUGCAGCUCCCCCCAUACACACACACACACACACACCGGGCAAACCAGCCGAGGCAUGUGAAAACGAGACCUCCAGGAAGCCACUCCGGGACUACCUUCAAACCUUCCUGGCAGUGGACAUCGCCGGAAUACAGAAGUGGUCGCCGAGCCAAACCAGGUGAUUCUCUUCUUUUCUACUCCAGCAUCAGCCUUCAAGGAGAGGGAGCGGGUGGACGCAAUCCUGGACCAUCUAGGUUCGUUUUGUACUAUCUGGCAGUAGCCCAACCUGGGGGAAAAAAACACCACCAGAAUACGCUAGCCAGUGCCCAAAACAGAUCCCAGUAAGAAGGUGGUACUGGCCUCUUCCAGUGUCCUCCCAUGGUGAACGGAAGAGACGACCUGCCAGUCUUGCUCAGUCCUUCACCACCACCCCUUGUCAUGUAUUCCUGAGUCUAAUCUGCCCCUCCCCAGAAGACAAAGAACAUCCAUUCAGAUAAGUUCAGUUUAGGGGUGUGAAUCUAGAAGAGGCCACCGUCCAGUUUUGGUUCCUGCAGCGACAGCUCUGGGUAAGAAUCUAUUUAGCUGCAAACUAGUCAUUCUUCCUGAUCACAAUGUCGGUAGUGCGAAGGAAGUUUGGCGAUGAGUACCAAGCUGUGGUGGGUGCCUCAGCCCGCCGGAAGCGGCAGCGUUUUGUGGACAAGAAUGGACGCUGUAAUGUCCAGCAUGGUAACCUAGGCAGUGAGAACAGUCGCUACCUUUCGGACCUCUUCACCACCCUGGUGGACCUCAAGUGGCGCUGGAAUCUUCUUAUCUUCUUGUUGACCUACACAGUGGCUUGGCUGGUUAUGGCCUCCAUGUGGUGGGGGAUUGCUUAUCUCCGUGGCGACCUUGAGAUGCACCACAGUAACCACAACGGCGGACACAACCCAUGCGUAGCCAACGUCUACAACUUCCCAUCGGCCUUCCUCUUCUUCAUUGAAACGGAAGCAACCAUCGGCUACGGCCACCGCUACAUCACUGAGCGUUGCCCGGAAGGCAUUGUGCUUUUCCUCUUCCAGUCGUUGUUAGGCUCGGUAGUGGAUGCCUUCCUGAUCGGAUGCAUGUUCAUCAAGAUGUCACAGCCCAAGAAGCGGGCGGAGACCCUCAUGUUUAGCCGGGCAGCCGUCAUCUCCCAACGAGACGGAAAGCUCUGCCUCAUGUUCCGGGUGGGCAACCUGCGCAAUAGCCACAUGGUUUCGGCCCAGAUCCGUUGCAAACUCAUUAAGUCACGACAGACGCCAGAAGGCGAAUUCCUGCCACUAGACCAAUGCGAGCUUGAUGUUGGAUUCGGAACUGGGGCCGACCAACUGUUCCUGGUUUCUCCUCUAACCAUCUGCCAUGAAAUCAAUGACAAAAGCCCCUUUUUUGCCCUUUCGCAAAGAUCGCUGAGGAGCGAGCAGUUUGAAAUUGUUGUCAUCCUGGAAGGGAUCGUUGAAACCACAGGAAUGACAUGCCAAGCCCGAACUUCCUACACAGAAGAUGAAGUUCUCUGGGGUCACCGGUUCCUCCCGGUGAUGUCACUGGAAGACGGCUUUUUCCGCGUAGACUAUUCCCAAUUUCACGGUACGUUUGAAGUCCCGACUCCCCCCUAUAGUGUGAAAGAACAAGAAGAGAACUUAGCUCUCCCUUCUCCUGUGAACACCCCAACAGGGAGUAAUCGAAGCCGGAGGGAUAAGAUCUCUUCCCUCGACUGCCUGGAUAUUUUCGAAGACAAGAGUGGCCGGCUUCCCAGCAAGCUCCAGAAAAUUUGCUCUGGGAAGGGGGAUCUCCAGAGGGGGCUCCUCAGCCUUUGUUCCAACAACGUGGAGAAAGCAUGUAGCACUGGAGACCUCUUGAAAAUCCAGCACAUCAGUUCCGUCUGCAGCAUAGAGGAUGGGGGUGAGAAGAUUCAGUCCACAGUCUUCAAAACCAAGUCAGAGCUACUGGCUCGGUCUACCGGGAAUCUCGAACUGCAGCAGAAGCCUCAGGCCUUGCACAGCCUGGGCGCAAGGUUAGAUGACAAUUUGCCUGCCAAGCUGCGCAAAAUGAACUCUGGGCUCCUGUCCUGAAAAGAGCCGCCACCGUACAGAAAAUAACAACCAUGAUUGUGUUUUAAACUUCUAGAUUUCUCGGGUUAUUACUGUGAAGAAAAGGGGGUGGGGCAACGUUGUCCCACACCUGUUAUGGUUGUUGGACUACAACUCCCAUCAUUCCUGGUCAAUUCCCAAGCUGGCUGGGGCUGAUGGAAUUUUGGAGCCCAAGAACUACGAGAAAACUACAGGUCUGCCACUUCUGGUAAAGAGGGGUUCUGGGCUGCGGCCAUGCGCUACCAAUGUCAGCCUCCAAUUUGAAUAAGAAUAAAAAGCAUCACUUCAACUCAUAGUAAAAAUUGAUAGUUUUGUAAGCAGAGUUUGGGGAGGAACGCACAAUAGUGUAAA